AUGGCGCGUGACGGCGUUGUCGCUUUCUCUCUAUACAGGUCGACCUGUGAUGAAGGGCAUGACCAAGGUCAGGGCAGGCAUCGGGGGAAGGGUGCUGCGGCGGUGAGCGAGGGGUUGGCUGCCAGCGGGCAGAACGACGUGGCGGCAGCGCUGGGGGUGGGUGCGGUGAGGAUGAAGAAGGCGGGCGACGGUGGAGGGAAGGCGCGGCGGAAGGUGCGGGAGCCGCGGUUAUGCUUCAAGACGAUGAGCGACAUCAAUGUCCUCGACGACAGCUACAAGUGGCGCAAGUACGACCAAAAGGUCGUCAAGAACACGCAGCACCCUAGGUUUCCAAACUGGAACCUCCGGUUUUGGCUUGGGCAGAGAGAAACCCCAAACCUUAUGCGUUGCAAGUGA